UAAAAUUGCAGUUUGUAUGGGAACAAUUAUAUCCUACCGCGGUGUCCCAACACAGAGCACAGCUACAUUGUAUCAGAACGUUGAAACAUUUUUGUUGCGUUCUGUCGCAGCCAAGGGGACCUCCUUUCUGCAGAACCGUAUGUAGCAAACGGUACCAGCGGGCCUGGGAUUUUAAUCGCGCUGUGGCGGAUCUGCAAUCUCAAUUCUGGUCAAGAUAUUACUAAAUGUCCUAUUUGCAACACGUCGCGUAACCGCGUAGCCUACGGAAAUAGCAGUCAUGUGUUGCAAUGUAUUAGACAGUCCUGUUGUCAAGUUGACGGUAAAGGAGAUACUAAAAUAUUGACGAGUAAAUAUAGCACGAAGCAACCCAAGACGCACGCACCACGGUCGUUCCACUCAUCUGUCAAACGAGCACAUUGGGUUUUUUAAAGGUAUUUUAAUCAGACCUCGUUACAGAACUAUAGCUCGAAAAUAGAUGAAAUGGUCAGCCACAUUGUAACUAAUAAAAACGGAGUGUGAUUUGAAAGCUCCGCGCUGUAGCCUACACAGGAACGUGCACGGCUCAAAAGGAGCUUAGGAUUGGAGUGUAUCGUAAUUCAGUAGUUCAGUGCUAACCUAGCUCUGUGUUGGAACACUUUCAGUCAGGACGGCACAGUGAUGGACACUAAUGACGGUCGUGUUGUUCUGUGUGAAUGUGUGUGCGCCACCGCGUGAGUUAAUGUCUGGAAAUGGUUCAGCCUGUCUCAAGAGUUAGCUAGCCGCAGUUCAUCAGGCCUGGUUUGUCCCCACCGGGACUUAGACCCGCACAGAUAUUACACUAUUUGAAGCGCAAUAGCAAACAGUUGUUUUCACGGAUUUAUUUGUCAUCAGGGUCGACAGACAAGAUUCAAUUCUCUGCCUUAUUAGCUGCUGGAAUUCAUCAUGUGUUCGCUGGUUGGCAUGGAUGACCAUUAGCUAAUAACAAUAAAGAUGUCAGACCAGCUCAGUCCACACACAUAAGGAGGCACCAUGAAGCCAGAGGGACACAUGCUUUUCUCAACAGCUCAACUGGGGGAUCUGAUGGUUGAUAUGAGCAGCUUAAAAACACAAGUCCUUGUUGAAAACUAGAUUAUAUCCCCUAUGCCUGUCUGUGUUGCAUAGCAGGCACCAGGCUGUGUGUAUCCCUACUGCACUCCCAUCUUUUCCAUACACUUAACCUGGUCAUUGGUAGGAAUGAACAGCAACAGAACUACUAUAGUGUAUUUGACAAGACAUUUAAAAAGCUCUGAUUUUUUCCCCCUCUGUUUAUAGUCAAAUAGGGAAAGCCUAUAGUUGAUAUAAAAUCAGAUAUCACCUCAAUCAAAGCACCUUUCUCUGUGGUUGGAGCACCUUAUCUGCCAGGAAUAGGUAUCUGCUUGGCAGCCCUGUCUAUAGUCAGCGGCGCAGCGUGCACGCCUCUCACCUCUUUGCAUACAGUCUCAAGCUGGACGCAGUGCAGACAGGCAGGCAGGCCGGCAAGUAGGCUGUCUGGCAGGCAGGCAGGUAGGUGAGCAAGUGAGGCGAGACGAGGCUUCCCCUCAUGUGGUGAUGCAGGUUACCUGUCACAAGUGAGCUGUUUGCCGACAGGUCUGGCUGGCGUGUGCGUUUGCACACCUCGCCCAGGUGUGAACCCUCCCACCACUCUCGCUCUCCGCCCCCCGCUCUCUCCUGUGUGAUCUCACCCAAUCACAUUCCACUGCCACAUUUGACUCAGGUGCAUGUGUGUGUGUGCUUUUCGGUGAAAGUCUAUUCCCCGCCAUUUCCUUGUGUGGUCGGGGAAGGCAAGACAGUAGGAGCAGCCAUGGAGCAGUGGCAGCGAAGAAUGAACAUGGACUUCUCCCCCCUACACACGUACACACCUCCGCAGUGUGCCCCAGACAACACCGGAUACACCUACUCCCUCAGUUCCAGCUAUUCGUCUGCGGCGUUGGACUUUGAGAAGGAGCACCACAUUGCUCCGGUCUACGACUCUCCCAAGAUGUCGCGGCGCAGCCUGCGUCUGCACACGGGCGCCGGUCUCUAUGGCAACGAGGCCCUGGGAGACCAGUCGCACAACCACAGCUACACCACCACCACCACCACCACCACCAGUGUCAGCUCCGGCAACAGCGGCAGUGGCACUGCCUCAACCAGGCGGACGGUGAGGAGCAGGAGGCAGCAGCAACAGCAACAGCUGGCCUCAUCCGAGCUGCAGGCGAGCUCGCACACGCAGACGCUCACGCAGCACCAGACGCAGACGGUGACGCCCAUCCGCCGGACGCUACGCAGCCACAGCAGCUACGUGCUGGGCCAGGCGGGCGCGGGGGCAGGAGCAGGGGCGGGGGCGGGCAUCACGGGCACCGAGACAGACGGCUGCCUCAGCGCCAGCCUGCUGGAGGAGGCCAGUCUCAAGGCACACGCCACCUCCACGCCCAGAGGCUGGGGAGCAGAGCAUGAUGUCGACCUCAAAGGAGGCCACAGCGUGCACACGGAGCACCACCACAGCUCGUCGCGGGUCAACGGCGACACCGGCAUGACGCAAACACACACGACGGUGGUCAACGGCUACAUCUGCCGCGACUGCUCCAUCCACGCCGAGAGGAAGGACGCCUUGACGGCCCUGUCCCGAUCAUCCGGCUCCUCGAGCUCCUCCUCCGGGUCGGCCGCCACCGCUGCUAUCGCCGCCUCCGCCUCCGCUGGUGCUUCGGCAGUGGGUGGGGGUAUCUAUGGGGAUGGCAGCCUUCACCUGUCCUCUGGAUCCGGAUCUGGAUCUUCCUCCUCUUACGCCGCCACCUCCAUAUACAGUCGUGGACAACAGCACAGGACAGGUUUGCUGUCGAGCGUGUCGGGCGCGUGCGUCCGCCAGAGCAAGCGUGCCGUGGCCUCGGUCUUCACCGUCAUCACGCUGCUUUUCCACAGGAUGCUGGGCAGCUCCAGCACCCACCAGCAGGGCGGCGACAUCACCAGCAGCACCACCACUAGCAGCAGCAAAGGUGUGCUGGUGUCCAUGUCAGACAGGGUGCGGGGUGUGGGCACUGCGUGCUCUGACACGGUGCUGUUGCUGAGGAAGAGGCUGAGGGAGAGGUUCUCUUUCAGGGAAUACCCCACCAAAGCUCACUCCAGUUACUGCAGCAGUAUGAACGUGAAGGGCCUGGUGGCAGGCGAAGGACAUCUGAACUUAAAUGGAUCUCUGUGUGAUGACUGUAAGGGGAGCCAGCACCUGGAGUCUCACACGCUCAUCACACAGCAGUCCUCCUCAAAGCGCAGGGGCCUGGUGGCAGCCCUCCUGGGGGGGCUACUGGGGGCCCUCAUGACCCUGCUGACUUACACAGGCGCAGGUGUGCUGGGGGUGUGUCGGGCUGUUUCGUCAGCAGGUGCAUCCGGCGGCAGGAAGCUGCUCUCACUACUCUGGCUCCUCCUCUUAGCACCAGGGAAAGCGGCGAGGGGACUUCUGUGGUGGCUGGGGACAGGAUGGUAUCAGCUGGUGUCGCUCAUGUCCCUCAUCAACGUCUUUUUCCUGACCAGGUGCCUGCCCAAGCUAUGGAAGCUCCUCCUCCUGCUCCUCCCCUUCCUACUGCUGCUGGCUCUGUGGUACCUGGGUCCGUCCAUGUUGGCAGUGUUGCCGGUGGUGAACGUGACAGAGUGGUCCGAGUGGAGCUCCUCUUCUCUCUACUCCCUGCUGCCCUCCUCCGCCUCCUCCUCCUCCCCCUCCUCCUCCUCCCCCUCCUCUUCCUCCUCCUCUGGCCCAUGGCUGGCGCUUCCAUGGCUCUUCAGCUCUGACUCCUCCUCCACCGCUGAGGAGCAGGCCACCGCACCCACUCUGCCCCCUGUCACCGCCCCACCGCCUGCCUCCAUACCACAGAACUCGGAGGCGGAGGCGCGUCUCCUGGCCCUACUGGCUGCGGACUCGGCGCGGCUGACGCAGCUGGAGGGGCGUCUGGCCGCGCUGUGGCAAAACGUCCAGCAGGGGGAGCAGCGGCAGGAGGAGCAGCACGGCCACACGCUAGGCCUGUACCAGGGCCUGGAGGAGCAGCUGCGAGCCCAGACGGACCGGCAGGCGCUGGGGCUCUGGGUGUCGGGCAUCCUGGAGGACCGGCUGGGGGCGCUGAGGGCAGACCUGGAGCAGCAGGCCUCUCACAAGGCAGAGUCUCAGGAGCAGUACGUGGCAGAGCAGAAAGCUCAUGAGACUCGUCUGGCUGAACUGGAGAUACUUCUGCAGGCCCUGGCUGCCAAGACACAGGAGGUUCAGCUGCAGCAACAGCAGCAUCAGGUGGAGAGGGAGCAGGAGAAGGAGCAGGAGAAGGAGAUGGAGAAAGAGAAGGAGAAGGAGAAGGAGAAAGAGAAGGAGAAAGAGAAGGAGAAAGAGAAGGAGAAAGAAGCAGUGGUCCCUCCUCCUCCAAUCAGUGUGGGUGUGGGCCAGGAAGACCAUGAUGCUUUGCUGCAGCAGGUGGGUCGUUUGGAGGCGGAGCUUGGCCGCAUCAGAGACGACCUGCAGGGGGUGAUGGGAUGCCGCGGCCGCUGUGAGCAGCUGGACAAACUGCAGGAGACCGUAUCUGCGCAGGUGAGUGAGGAGGUGCGUCGUCAGCUUCAGGGCGUGUUCUACGUGGGCGAGGAGGGCGAGCGGGCGGGCGAGGUGCGUCUACCGGAGUCCCUUCUGGCGUGGCUGUCGGCGCGCUUUGCACGCGGCGAAGACCUGCACACCUCACUGGCCGCCCUGGAGAGGAGCAUCCUGGGAAACGUCUCCCUGCAGCUGGAGGAGCACAAGCAGCAGAUGCAGGAGCAGCAGAUGCAGCAGGAGCACAAGCUGCAGGAGCAACCGGCCGCCGCCUCCUCCUGCGCAGAGACCGUCACCCAGAGCGUCACACACACCGCCAUGGCUGCAGGCAUGACGGAACAGGAAGUGCAUGUGAUUGUGCAGAACGCUCUGCGUCUCUACGGCCAGGACCGCACCGGAAAGGUGGACUACGCCCUGGAGUCUGGAGGUGGCAGCAUCUUGAGCACGCGCUGCUCUGAGACCUUUGAGACCAAGACGGCCCUCAUGAGCCUGUUCGGACUGCCCCUCUGGUACUUCUCCCAGUCGCCUCGCGUCGUCAUACAGCCUGAUGUGUAUCCUGGUAACUGCUGGGCCUUCAAGGGUUCCCAGGGCUACUUGGUGAUCCGUCUCUCCCUGAGCGUGCGCCCCACCGGCUUCUGUCUGGAGCACAUCCCCAAAGCCCUCAGCCCCACCGGCAACAUCAGCAGCGCACCCAAACACUUCACUGUCUAUGGCCUGGAGGAUGAGUACCAGGAGGAGGGGACCCAGCUGGGAGACUACGUCUACGAUGAGGACGGAGACUCACUACAGAGCUUCCCAGUCACGAUGGAGAACGAGAAGUCCUUCCAGAUCAUCGAGGUGCGGGUGCUGUCCAACUGGGGCCACCCGGAGUACACCUGCCUCUACCGCUUCAGGGUGCAUGGAGAGCCCCGGCCCAAACCAACCCCCAUAGCGUAACGCUAACAUCAAGAAGCUAACGUAAAGAAGCUAACGUAAAGAUCCUAACGCGUGUCUGCCAUGGACAGGGCACACGUAGACACCAUGGACAUCACAUAUACUGUACAGUGGAGAUAGAAAGAGUGUGUGAACCUCUUGGCGUUACCUCGGUUUUUUAAAUAAGGUUUUAAUUGCUCGUAAAAUAUUUUCGCUUUGUCGACCUAGACAAAUGGAUUGUGUUUCCGGAAUCAACACAGAAAAGAAAGAAAUCAUGUUUUUUUGUCUUAAUUGAAAAGAAGUUUUAGAUUAAAAAUAGGUAUUGGACUAGCUCAAGGUUGAGCCUUUGUGUAAUUUGGCAGCAGGGCCUUCAAUCCAGUCUUUUCUCAUGAUGCUCAUAGCCAAUCAUCUUAAUUACCCACAGUGCAGUAGGAGUUGAUUUCUAUGGUGCCUUUUAAUGCAGUGUACAGUUUUGUACGUUGUUCUUGAGAAAAGAAACCGAAUGUUUUCCAACCAGCAAAAGUUUUAGUUCACCUGCUUUGGUCCUAAAAAAUGUAUCACAUCAUAUUUUUUUAGCCAACAGAAUGUAAUUUUAUCUGAAAUCAUGCAUGCUAAGGUCAUUUAACAGUUUAAAUGAUUUCUAAUCUAAUUAUGACCAAUAUUUAAUGAACCACAAUGUUACUUUUUAUUUAUUACUUUUUUUAUCCGUUAAAGCAAGCAACACAUCAUGUGGUUGUUUGAAAGCUAAAAAAAAAACUUGCGUACACCCCCAGUUGAGUGAUAAUGACUGGACAGACCACCUGCUAGUGUAGUGUAUGACAGCUAGCCUAGCUGCUCACGGAACAUUAGUUGACUUUCUACAUGGCACGUGUUCUUCUUAUAUCCUCUUGGCUGGUUUGCCCAUAUCUACCUUUGCAGAUUUACACUAACUAUCAUUUGAUUGGAUAGUUAUUUUAGCUCUGUACAGGACAUUUAAAGAUGAUCUUUUUGUUGCACAUUGCCAUUCAUUACGACAUUCAUGGUUUAAGUUAAUUUCUUUCAGUGACAAAAGAAGGGGGGGGAAAUCAUUCAAAACAUAUUUUUCCUGUCACUACUGAAAACAGACUGUUUCAUAAUUGAAGUUGAGAUAAGAGCAUCGAAGAAUAUUUUAAGCGCACUUACGCCUUAUUGCAGGUAAUUCCAAAACGGUUCACUCACCUUUUCUUGCCACUGUACAUAAAAAUGAGGACAAGACUACGGACUGAAAACAGUGGAUUUGGGGACAUGUUUUUUUUUUUUUUUUUAAGGACUACAGACGUCAAAGCAUGGCUGUCAUGAAUGUGUCAAGGGACUAAAAUAAUGGACAGCCAAUUCAAGGAGAGAAAAAAUGAGAAGAAAGAAAGGAGUAAUCCUAAAAGGAUGGCCAGGAGCAAAUGAAAUGACUUGACUGAAUGAAUGAACCAUGGAAACAGGUGUUUUAGCAGAGAGGCGGAAGGGCUUUCCCCUGCCUCGGUCCAGCUCACUAAAGUCGUCAAAACCAGCUCUUGCACUGAUCCGGACCUUUCCGGAAAGGAGUCGAGGAGGCACCGCCCCCCACCCCACCCUUCACAUCACCCCGCCCACCGACAUCUAUGCCCUGACAAUUAACAACAACCUUUGUAUUAUUAUUUUUUAUUUUUUUUGCUCUUGGACGUCAUUCUUCAAUGAACAUCUACUACAUUUAAGGUCUUCUUUUCUUUUGUGUUGUUGUUAUUGACUAUUUUAUCACGUGUUCAAAGAGGAUCUGUGCAGACUAGCCUGCAGCUCAACUCUCCAGUUGUCAUUACGCCUACAGCACAUCGCAUGCAUCCACUCUACUGUACACACGCAUCCACGUCACCCGUCAUUUUUGGAAGAUGUGUAAAUGUUCAUUCUUCUUGGUUUUAAGCUUCGAUUCUUCAUGCUGUUGGAUGGCCACAGCAUGACCGACAUGUGUUUUCUUGUUUGGUUUGGUUUUGUUUUGGGUGUCGAGUAUCUUACUUAUGUAUUUCUAUUUUUAAUCGCAUCUACAGCCAUAAACCACAAUGAUGCUUUUUUAAAAGAAAGGACAGAUGAAUGUGCUUUAGAAGUGUGAGGCGUGUGUGCGUGUCUGUCUGUCUGUCUGUCUCGUUUGUGUGUGUGUGUGUGUGUGUGUGUGUGUGUGUGUGUGUGUGUGUGUGUGUGUGUGUGUGUGUGUGUGAGUGUGUGCAAGCGUUGCAAGCAUUGGUUCUUGUGAGUGAGUUUUGUGUGUGUGUGUUUUCAUCUUACCUAUGUACUGCCAUCUUGUCUUUUUUCCCUCAUCUGUAUCAGCCCAAGCACACAACUGGAGUAGCUAAGAAGUAUGCCUAGCCCUGUACACAUGCAAAGCCAUCAAUCUGUUUAUUUAUACCUACCAUAUAUAUUUUUUUGCUACGUGUAUAGUCCAUUUCAGUCUGUUCACUUUUAGUUUCUUAGGGCAGAGCUAGUAAGCGAUGGCUCUGCUGAUAAACGCCACUCAGCAGGAAUGUAUUGUACAUGUCACUGUUUAUAGUACGCCCUUUUUGAUAUCUGCCUAUUAUCAGUGUUGCUUUAUAAAAACAAAAAAGGGUACCCUCUCGAUCAUUUUUAAUUAUUGUAAUAUUAUUACCCAUUUUGAAUUAUGUUGUGUAUCAUGGUGAUAGAGAAUGCUGAAGAAUGCACUGUUGUGACUUGUUAAAGACAUGUAUAUUGCAGAAAAGUCCUAAACGAUUUGCCAGAAUUUUUCAGACGGAAGAAAGAAAAAAAUAAUUAUGUGGUUGUUGAGGGAGAAAGUUUUCUUCCUCGACCUCUGAAUUGUGGACCUAAAAGAGUCUCCAAAUGUACAAAAUGAAUUUGUUCAGUACUAUUUAUUAAGGUUAGUUGUUGAAUUAGGACUGUGCAGUGUAUUUUUGUAAACUGCUUCUCGGUGCAUUUUUGAAGCCAUCUAUAUAGACAGUAAGGUUUUGUUCAAAAAAAAAUUAUUAGAUUUUAUUUUUGUUGCUGCUGUCACAAGAUGGGUAAUCUGCUAUGGAAUAACGUUCCAAAUAAAACUUUUAAUUUUGAGCGCUUUUA